CGACCUCUAUUGGAGGAAGAUUGUAACUAAUUUCAAUGGUGUUUCGCUUCGCCGUUGUAGAUACACUCGUAUACAUUGUUGUAGGUUGCCUCUGUAUUGCGCUGCUUUUCUGCUUCUGCCGAGUGCCGAGUUUUGAUGUCGACGUCAAGUCGACCUGCCGUUUGCCGUACAGUGGUACAGUGUAAAUGUGCGCACCAGCAAAAACACAAAAUACAAAAAGAAAAACAUCCGAAUCGAAUCGGAAUGGUGGAAUACGACAAAACUAGUAUGGCCUGUGCACUUCAUGAAAUAGGUUGGCGUGCGGAAGUUCGUCUCUUCAAAUUUUGAAUUUGAACUAAGAAAAUACAAAUUAUUUCGUAGAUUGAUAGCAGCAAUAUAAAGCAAAGCAAAAAUAAAGAGUUUAAACUAGAAAUACGUAAAAAUCGUACGAUUUUUCAAUGAAAUUAUUUGUGAAAUUGCAAUAAAUAAAGUUAAAAUUCUGUGACACAUUAAAAUAUUGACAAACAAUUACAUGUAUUAACUUUAUUCAAAAAUAUAAACAAAUUUUUAAAUUUUAAACUUGAAACAGAAACAUUAGUUUGGUGCUGUAGAAGUGGCAUAUGCAACAUUUUCACAGUUGCUAAAUAUAAUUUUUGAGACACAUAUUGAAAAUUUUAAAAAUAAUAGUGACUUAAGUAUAAAAAUAUUAAUUAAAAAAAAACACUGAGUUUAAUUUUCUUCUGUGAGUUUGGUGGAGAAGAUUUUUUAAAGUUUAUUUCUUUUGAAUUCCACACAAUGACAGCUGUAACUGUCAUCUGGAUAGAAGUGUGAAUAAUAUAUUUGAAAAUGUGGACAGAUCCUAAUAUUAAUUCAGCAAUGGGUCUUCAAGCAACAGCCGCUACUAAGCGGAAACAUGAGAUAACAUUUGAUAGUAAAGAUGCUAAUGCUUAUACUAAUUGUCCGCCACCAGUGAAGACUAGCAGAUGGUCGACGACGACCACAACACAAACUAUUAACAAUAAUAAUAACAACACUAGUAGCAAUAAUUACAACAACAAUGAAACAGCAUCAACAGUAACACCAACAAUUAUUAUGGGAAAUUCCUCUUCAACGAAUAGCUCUGCACCAAUAAUGGCAGUUGGAGCAGCAACAGCAGCAGCACAAUCAGGUGGAAAUUUGAUCAAAAACUCAGCUACAUGUGAUGAGAAUAAAGUUUUUAAUAGCGCUCCAACAGCGCUGAUGCCAGCAUCAACAGCAACAGCAACGAGCAACGGUAAUCCGGUUACUAUAGCAACAACAAACGGCGGGACAACAUCAACAGCGUCAAGUGAAGAUAGUAUUGCUAAACUAGAAGUUGUAGCAGCGGUACCAUGUGAGCCGUGGCAUACCUCAGAGCCGGUAGAUUGUAUAUCGAAGCUCCAAGCGGUUGCGGUUCCUAGUGAUCCAUGGGGUAGUAUUUCGACGCGUUCAACAUUGGCAACGACACUUUUGAGUACGGAUGAAAUGGACGACGAUGAUGAUGAUUUUGAAGAUGAUUACGAAGAAGAAGAAAGUAUCAUUCCGACUUAUUGUCCAUUAAGAUAUCAUCCGUGUCCGCCCGCUAAUAGCGGAACUGCUAACGGCGCUGCUGCAGGUAAUCCUGGAGCGGGUGGCAAUCCAGCUGCUUUGCAACGCAAUUAUUCUCCUGCCAAUGGAUAUAAUACCCGACCAAACUACUAUUCGGAACCCUUCCCUCAGCAAAAUUGUUCUCGAACGGGCAAUCAACACCUAAGAAUGGCGCCCAACUCAGGAUUUGCACCACAAUGGGGAAACUCAGCGGGACAAAAUGGAUUCUAUGUACCACCAGAGGCGGCAUAUCCACCUCCACAACAGACGAUUCGUUGUGCGGAAAACGGCAAAUCGUAUCUAGAGCUUGGAUGCAGUCCUUCAAGCUUCAGCAGUUUGGCAAAUCAAAGUAAUGUUGCAGGAAUGGUGGGUGGAAAUAACAAUGGAAUGGAUGCUAGGCAUCCCAUGAAACGAUGCUGUGAUGGUCGUGCUGGCACAUGGUGCAAUACAAAUAAGAAUUGCUAUAAGGAUGUUCGACUGAAGAUACGAAACCUGUCUAUGUUCAAAUUGUCCCGCUUCCGUCAAGUUUCUGAGCAGUCCUUAUACCGUUCGGUGCUUAUUUGCAAUACAUUAAAAUACAUCGAUAGGGAAAUUGAGUCCGAAGCGAAAGAAAUGCACCAACAGCAGCAGCAACAUCAUCUUAACCAUCCGCACCAUCCGCAUCAAAGUCAUCUGCACCACCAUGUACCUCACCAUGGAAGCAACCAUCACCAUCAUCACCACAAUAGUCACCAUCACCAUCAUCAGCAGCAGCAGCAACAACAGCAUCUGCAACAUCAGCAAAGCUUGCAGCAUCAACAGCAGUCCAACAAUGUGAAUGGAGAUUAUUCUCCAGUAAUGGGUUGUGCGAGGGUAACCAGCCUCGACUACCAUCAAUUGCAACAGCAACAACAACAUCAACAGCAACAACAACACAACCAGUUCCAUAGUCAACAACAGCCGGCUGAUAGCCGCAACGGUGAUUGUACGCAACAGUCACCUUACAUGAACGCCAUGCCUAAAUCUAGCAUUUUCAACAACCAGCAACAACAACAUCCCCAUCAACAGCACCCGCAGCAGCAACACCAUCAACAUCUGCAAAAUACGCACUGCAACAGCAGUGAAUCGCUGCAUCCGUACGAUCACUACCCAUUCCGGGAAUCGCAAUCUGGCAGAGCAACACCUUUUCCUGCCAUACCCAGCCCGGUUACACCUACUCCAGUGACGCCAGUUUCAAACACAACGACAUCUAGUGAUAAUGACUCAGGAUAUGGCGAGGACGACUCGAAUCGUUCCAUCAACUGGAGUUCUGUCUUGAGCUUAUCCUCUCAGUCAGCACUAGAUCCCUUGAACAAUAAUGACUUAUUUACAAUCCUGCCGCCUGCCACAUCAUCAACAAGUCCGCCAGCGGCAACGCCCGUCUCUCUUAACUCAUCGACGGUUUCAAUCAGUGGCACAUUUACGGCCUCUUCAGUGCAAAGUAAUAACAAUAGCAGUUCUGUGUCCACAUCGUCCUCCUUGACUAGUCCAUUAUCUAGUGGCACGCCCACAACUUUCACCACGCUGUCAACGAUAUCAUCGUCAACGUACUCCUUAACGUCAUCCUCAGCGUCAUCAUUCGCGGCGGCUGCAGCUGCAUCAACUUGGGAAUAUGGAUUCCUAGACAUGGACUUCGGCCUGGGCUCUGAAUUCACCGAACUAGUGCCCUCAUGUAAACUGUCCUCAGACGAUUUAUUCAAAAGCGUUUCACCAGUAUCGGCGUUAAGUGCUUCGAGAUAUUCGUCCGUCCACGAGAACGAGCUAGAACAUCCGGCUCACAUAAUGGUUGGCAGUUAGUAUCAGUUGUAAGACUGAACUUUUAAGUUACCAAGCGAACAUGCCCGCCCUGCGUAAGUUCAAACAAUGAACAAUAAGUUCUGUUUCUUGAACUCUGUCAAGUCAGUCCUCUAAAUGGUUUCUACAGCAACAACAACAAAAUAGGGUACUGCUGACAUCAUUGCAGUGACCUUACAAGCGUCCUUCUGAAUUGAUUAAGUUCUUAAACAUAUAGCAGAUACUGCUAUCAUUCUAUUUGUCAAAAACAAACAAACAAAACCGAUAAACUAUUGUUCAAUCAAUACAAAAAAUUGUAAUAUUGCUCAGGUUGUGAAAACUUAUAAAAAGUAAUGUUAACUUCGAUUUUAACGAAGUUUAACUUCGCAUUGGUGUUUUCUGUUUAGCAUUGUCCUUUUUCUGCUUUUGAUUGGAAUAUUUUAAAGAAAUAACAACAAAAUAUUGCAAUGAAGUUUAAGUAUUAAUAAAAAUCUAUUAUUGAGUAAAGAGUAUUAUCUAUUUAACAUUGUUUCAAGGAAAAUAACAAUUUUGUUCGUAAAAAUGCGACAGCAAUAUAAUAUUUAAGUUGUUUUAAGUUUUAAUUUAAAUUUCAAAAUUGACGCACUUCAUUGCACUUUGUCUCCCUUUUUGUAAUUAAAUUGUAAACAAAACUCAAAUGCUAAACAUGAAAAAACAAAAAUUAAAAUUUAAACAAAAACAAAUUUCAAUUAAAUAUGUAAAACUUUUAACUUCAUAAAUGUAUUAUAUAUGAAAAAAAAAAAUUAAAUUAAAAUAAACACACAAUUAAAGCAAAUGCAUUGUAAAUAGAACAAACUUAAAGCCCAUUAAGAUGAUAUAGCUAAAUUUUUAAUUGUAAAUAUUAAUUAUAAAUAUAUUAAUAUUAAAUAAAAAGGAUAUAUUAUAUUUAAAGACAUUAUAUUGAGAGA